AUGGCAGCGCCAGGAUCAUACACAUCUUCAUCAUCAGCUCCACUGUCACAGUCACAGCAGCAUCCGUACACGAUCCCUAGGGAUGUCUCAGUGUCCUCAGCCUACUCCAUGAUGCAGCAGAGUCCAGCACCUUCCCAGAUGAUGUCCCCAACCAAGGAUCUGAAUGUUGUUAACAUGUGUAGAGCUGGCCAGGAGGUUGUUCAUGACAUUGUCAGCAAAGCUCAGGAUAUGUUCACAAGCCUGGGUAAAAACAUGCAGCUCCCAAAUAAUGUGACUUUUCAUGGGCAGAUGUACGCAGAGCGCAAAGCCAAACUGGACGAACAGGUGCGGCAGAUAACCAUGAAUUUUCGAAAGCUCCGCAUUUUCUAUAGCAGGAUAAAUGAGGCUUGUGAACAGAUGGAUAUGCCAGCUGACCAGGAAUUGAUUCCCUUUGUUGGCGCAGAAGUAGAGAGGACACUGCCAUAUUCUGAUACUUAUCCUUAUGUUGUGGAGCAGCACAGAGACAUGGUAGAACAAGUCCGCCUAAAGAACCAGCAGCUGAAAGAGGUCAUAGACAGCAUGCGCUCCAUCAUCUGGGAGAUCAACACAAUGAUUACCAUGAGGAAGACUGGGUAG